CUCUUUUAUUUUCUCUACUCUUCUCAUCCUUCACAAAACAAAAAAAAACAUAGGGGAUAGAAAGAUUCUACCAUGAUUUGCAAAAACCAAGUUCUUAAAAGAGAUUAUUCUUCUUCUCUGGUUCCAUAUUGGCUUUUCAUCUUCUUCAAUAACACUUUAUAACAAGAAUCAUCUUCUUCCUCACUUUCUUUCCUUCUAAAAACACGCAAGAAAUCCGUCAGUCUUUAAAUAUUUUUCUGUCCAAGGUUUUCGCAGUUUUUUGUGAUCUGAAAGAGAUGCCGAUGAUGAGCGGAGAUAACAAUAAUCAUUCUGAAGAUCACCACCAUCAUCAUCACGUUCCAAGAGGGUGUAUAGCAAUAUUAGUUGGUCAAAACGAAGAGAGAUUUGUAAUACCAGUAACGUACUUGAACCAUCCAAAGUUCAUGGUUCUACUGAAAGAAGCUGAAGAAGUUUAUGGGUUUCGUCACAAAGGCAACAUAACUUUACCUUGUGAUGUCGACGAGUUCUUAAACGUGCAGAGUUUGAUUGAGCAGGAGAUCAUGUCAACAACUACAUGUUCAUCCCACCACCGUAUCAGCCAUGAACAACAUCAGAAUCACCACCACCACCACCACUUUCUCCACGGUAGUUGUUUUAAAGCGCUUGUGGAUUGAUUGAUUGAUGUAUAUAUCAAUCUUUUUUUCUCUUUUUUUGUGAUUUGUUUUGGUGGUGGUGGAUCGAUUGAUUUUUUUUUUUUCCGCUGAUGAUGACGAAAAUAUUACAUUGUGAUUUGAUUAUUAGUUGUUGAAUUAGUAGUAAUAUAUUUAAGUAAUUAAAUUUUUUUAGUUUAAAA